UAUUGAUUAUUACUACCACAGCUAUAUAUAUUCUUAGUCCUUCAUCUCUGGAUAACAAAGAAAGAAAUUAUUAAAUUAGAGUGCUCGAAGACGAUGAAGUCUGAAAAGCGUGUUCUGGAACAACUUCAAUAAACGUAAAGAAAAGGUUUUCAAAUUACAAUGUAACUUCAUUCAAGAUCUGCAGCUGUCAAACAAUGUAAUUAAAUUAUCAAGGUCUUGUGGCAAAUGGUGUGUAUUAUUUGCUGAAAAGACAAUGAACAACUCUGGGAGUGACACUGUUGCACUCAUUAAAGAUAAACCCUUGGGUGAAAAAUGGCUUUUCACUCCAGACCAACUUCAGAACACACCCAGCAGAAAAGAUAAAGUUACUGCAGAAAAAGAGUUGAAAAACCGCCAACAAGCUGCAAAUCUCAUACAAGAUAUGGGCCAAAGACUGCCUGUCAAUCAAUUGACAAUCAAUACAGCAAUCGUUUAUAUGCAUCGCUUCUACAUGUUCCAUUCAUUUCAGGCAUUUUCCAGAUUUGCCAUGGCACCAACAGCAUUAUUUCUGGCAGCAAAAGUUGAAGAGCAACCAAGAAAAUUGGAACAUGUUAUCAGAGUUUGUCAUUCUUGUCUCCACCUAGAUAACCCUCAUUUGGAUGUUCAUUCUGACACUUAUUUGAAGCAAGCACAACAACUUGUACAACAUGAACUGAUUAUGCUGCAGACUCUAGGUUUCGACAUAUCAAUUGACCAUCCUCAUACACAUGUUGUCAAGUGUACUCAACUUGUGAAAGCGAGCAGAGAUUUGUCCCAGAUGGCUUACUUCAUGGCUACAAACAGUCUGCACCUCACCACAUUCUGUCUGAAGUAUAAACCAACUGUUGUAUCUGCAAUGUGUAUUCAUCUCUCAUGCAAAUGGUCUAAUUAUGAGAUUCCUCUAUCCUCUACUGGCAGAGCAUAUUGGACUUAUAUGGAUUCCACAAUUACUGAAGCAAUGUUAGAAAACAUCAUUAAAGAAUUCCUUGACAUUCUCAAUCUUUGCCCAACCAGGCUGAGAAAACUUAAAAAUUAUAAGCCAUCAUCAAGAGAUGGAGGCGGAGGAUCAACACCCCAAUCGAAAGAUGGCCAACAACUCAAAUUAUCGACAAGUAAAGGUUACCAACCUGGACCACACAGUGCACAAGUGCCACAUUCGUCUUUGGAAUCUCGAACAACCAUUUCUAAUCAAAGUCAAAGUGAGCAACAAAAAAAGCCUACAGCUAGCUUGAGUUUGGCAGAGUACAAAAAUAAAAGAGAGAAGGAACUUCAGAGCAAACAAAGUAUCUUGCCUUCUGAAAAUUUAUCAAAAGUAUAUAAUCAACGUGAAGUCCGGGAUACUUUGGCACCACAUCAUAGUCAUCAACCUGCUAUUAGUAGUCAAAAACAUCUACAUCAACGUCAUGGCCAGAUUGACAAUUCAACAAAAUCGGACAAAACUUGUAGUGGACUCAGAGCCCUCUUAACUGAAUCAGAGUCUGGCAAACAGCCUGUUAAAAUGCAAUCUACCUCUGCAAACCAUCAUUUAAAGCCUGAAAAGAAACAACAUACACCGCAGCGCCCGCCUUCUGUACCUAGUGCUAUACUUGGUCUUAAAAAACCAAAGCACUCCACAAGUCAAGUCUCCAAAGAUUCUCUCCACUAUAAAGGUCAUCUACAGAAUACACAUCAACAAGUCCAUCGCAAACAACACUCCAACAAACGGCCAAAGGAUUCUGUAGUUCAACAUCGUUCAGAAAGUAACUCUGCUAUAUCUUCUGAUUGCAAUACUGAUUUACCAAAUGACGACACUUCACUAGCCGGCGUAGAGCAAAAAAUAAUGGAGCAAAUGAUGGCUGAAAAACCACUAGUAACAGAAACCGCAACUAGCUCACAAGAAAGGCAUUCUGCUCCAGCUGUCAAGCAUCCAACACCAGCUGCCAAGCAAUCGACACAAUCAACAACGCCUAGUAUUCCUCCUCUUAAAGAUAAUAAAAUACAACCUGGAGUUUUUAUUCCGAAUAAGGAACAAAUGCCUGGCCACAUGUCACGUCAAGGAAAGUCUUCCUAUAAAGUAAUGUAUCAGCAAUAUAAAAAAAAUCCUGAUGCUUUGUGGCACCAGUUGAAAACUAAGGCACAAAGUGAACCUUUGACUGAUGAAGAAAAAUCAAUAUUGCAUAAAUUAAAGAAGAAAGAAGAAGACCGACAAAAGAAGGAAAGGCGACACCACAAACACAGAUCAAAUCGCUCACAGCCCAUUGAAAGUGCGAGCAACAAGGAAGGGGGCGAUGUGACUACUGGAGGUGGACUCCUCACUGUUAGAAUCAAACUUCCUGCUUCUGUUAGGGCAGAAAUUUCAAAAGAUCAACCAGAUAGUAGAUCGGUGCCUGGUUCAAGUUCUGGCUCAAGUUCAGAGGUAGCGAUUUCAUCGCCAAGUGGAGUAAUUUCCAAAUCUGGCAGGAAACGAACUCAUGGCUUAGAUGCCGGUGGUACAUCUGAUCCAAUUUCAGCAAAGCAUUCAAGAAAAUCUGAUGGACAUCGUCAUCAAAGCCAUCACUCUUUCUCUCACAAAUCUACAAGAAAUAAAGUUCGACAUGGUAAGCCAAGCUCACCACCUCAGGCAAAUCAUCACAAGUCACAACACGGUCAGAAAAUCGACAAUGCCACUUUUCAACAAGCCCUUGUUGAUGCAGUUUCUUUGGUUCAAUCCGGCCAGACAGCACCAGGCAGAAGUGGCUCAACAGAUAAAGUUGUUCCCACUGUCACCCUGAAGCGGACUGGGGCUCAGAAUGGCAACGGAGAUUAUAUAGCUCAAUCAUCUUCACAUAGUGAGCAUAGAUUAUCGAAAAGAAUAGGAUUCGAUUCAUCUACACCUGUGUCAGAAUUACCGCCAGACAAUAUAUUUGACACUGAUGUGGAUGACAAUCCAAAGCAAUCUGAACGCCAACUGUUAUCACCAGAAUCUGGUGAGAUAAGAGAUGAUGACAUCCAAACUAUCACAUCAGCACGAGAUCAGGUUUUUGAACAGUCUUAUAAAUCAAAGGAAUCUUACUUGCAACACCAGCAGCGAGUUAACCCAAAUAAUAAUAAUCCUCAAUCUAUGUAUCAUCAGUGGCCAUCGAUUACAAAUAGCGAUGGUCAUCCACCAUCAUCAUUUUCUGAUGGUCGUGAAAAUAAUGAAAGCAGAUAACACUUCAAACUGAUAUGUGAUUAGAAGAUGAUAUUAUGUGAUUAGCGAAGAUUUUUGCUCUCCUGCGUUGUAUGCUACGAUGAAUGCAUUGUGGAUUGGGCUGUCUACUAUUUCGAGAAUAGAGUUUUAUAAUAUACUUUCGGUUCCUUCACGCACGUUGUGCGUUUCGGUGUACCAAACCUUGUCUACAAUUGUAGCUGACCUGCUGUGCCAGCAUCAAUCAAUCAAUUACUGUUUCUUGAACUCAUAUCUACCGAUUUAUUCACAAUUUUUUUAUUGACUAGUCAAUGUGGGAUGAUCUUGUUUCUGAAAAUGUUGUGCGAAGUUCUGGCAUAUUUUGGUUUGUGAAACAGUGCCCCAUUUCGUUUUUGUAAUAUUUUUUUUACCUGUAUAUUUCUUGUACUGUAGUCAACGUGCAUGCACAUUCGUUAGCUUUCUUGCUCUUUCAGAAUGUAAACAACAUUUCAACGGCCUGGAUAAACUCUUGAGUUUUAUUUGUGGAAUACAACAGCUAUGCUUAUUGACAUUCUUAGUUUUAGGCAGAGCGCAAUUUGAAUUACUGAACCUGAAUUCAUUUCCAUCCCUCUAAGUCGAAAAUGAAUUUUAUUCUAGGCAUGAAUCUUAAUAAAAAAAUAGGUUGCUCCUGAAACAAUUUUAGGACAGCAAUUUUCUUUUA